AUGUCGCAGAGGUUCUCAACCUUCCUAUCCCAAUUGGCCGAGGCCCUACGCGGUGAACAAGGUCCACAGCUCGCCUAUCUCCUCAAACCCACGAGUGAACACGGAAAGGCCAUUGUGAAAGAGCUCAGAGGAAUGUUACAGUACAAACAAUCCAUGGCCUUCUACGAGGGCAGCAUAGACAGCCCAUGGGACGAGAUUGCAAUUCAAUACGUCCUGGUGGUAAACCACUGCGCGAAGCAGCGCGCGGUUGAAGCAUUCAAGGAGGAAUGCACGCUAGUCUCGCUGUUCCUUCGAUUCUUCGCCAGCAACAGUGGCUGGACGCUUCCCGCGCUGUUCUCUAUUCUGAGGGAUCUCCGGGACUUGGCGUUCGAUGACGGGACGGCGAGCAUGGAAGAGGCGGCGCGGAUUAUCAGUAAAGCAUUUUCAAACUGCGUCAUGGACAGGCAGUCUCCAGUGGCUGAAUCUCGCAAAUGGGGAGUGUACUACGUAGUUGGGCUAAUCCUCAAAUGCUACUUCCGUGUGAAACGGAUAUCUCUGUCGAAGAAUAUCCUACGUGCGAUAGACGCAAACCCAGACAUCCCGUCAUUAGCGCAGUAUCCGCGCUCUCACCAAGUCACAUACAGAUACUAUAUCGGCAUGCUGAGCUUUCUCAACGAAGACUUCGCGAAGGCUGAACAAGAGCUUACCCUUGCUUUUUACAAUUGCUGCAUUGAUGCACAUAAGAAUCAGGAACGUAUACUGACCUACCUCAUCCCUCUGCGAAUGUUCAAAGGGCACCUACCUUCGAAAGAGCUACUAAAACGCUUCCCGGUCCUCGAGGAUCUGUACACGCCUUUCCUCACGGCCAUCCAGACAGGUGACAUCCAGACAUAUGACGCGACACUAGACCGGUUUGAAAGAAGGCUUGUCGACCUCAACCUGUGGCUCACGCUCGAGAAAGCGCGUGAGCUUUGCAUCCGGGGGCUCUUCCGUCGCGUGUGGAUAGCCGCAGAUAAGAGCGCACGGAUUCCUGUCUCGAUGUUCCACGUCGCGUUGACUGUUUCCGGAUCGGGAGAGAUGGCCAUGGAAGAGGCCGAAUGCAUGGUGGCUAACAUGAUAUACAAGGGCUUCAUGAGGGGGUAUAUCUCGCACGAAAAACAGAUGGUCGUACUCGCGAAGACGGGCCCCUUUCCCCGUCUGGCCGAUCGGCCGACGCCAUUUGCGCUGUUGCAGUGA